UGUCCCAUCCCUGCAGCAACAGAAUUGCUCCACUCGUUUGUUCUCGUCUUAUCUACAUUUUCUUCUGUAGAAUCUAUACCGGCUUGAACCUCGCAAGUCACCGGUAGGAUUUCCAAUUCCACAGCCCAGGACAGGGGAACACAUGGAGGAAGACAAAGGUUGCUUCCAUCAAGCCAGCUUCAUCGACCAAAAGGGCCGUUUGAGAAUCUCAAGAGUCCCCGUGGUGCAGGAAUUAGCACGCCAAGGACUCCAUUACUUGCCAGAUAACUUCAUCAAACUGCGCCCCGACCAACCAAUCACACCCUCUCUCGUCCAUGAGUUCAAUACCUUUCCAUCCAUCAAUAUGGCUAAGUUACGGCUGGGGUCCGAGCCCGAGGGUCGAGCCCACGAGCUAGCCAAGCUAGCCAGUGGUGCCAAAGAAUGGGACUCCAUGUUUGGCCUCAGAAACCCAAUAAUUUCCGGCAAGCCAUAGAGCAAUACGUCAAAGAAUCAAGAAAGGUCUUCAACGACCUACUCGAAGCCCUUGCCGAAUCCUUUUCACUGGAAAGACAUGUUUUUGUGCAGUAUUUCCAUCAUAAAGAUAGUGAGGUUAAUGUGAGAGUGAACUACUACCCACCAUGUCCAAGGCCAGACCUUGCCCUGGGCAUCACCCCACACACGGAUGCAAGUGCUCUCACUCUCCUAAUGGAAUUUGACACCACCGGAGGACUCCAAGUGCUCAGGGACCGAAAGUGGGUUGCUGUGCCAUGGCCACGGGAUACAUUGCUGGUGAAUGUGGGAGACAUCCUAGAGAUAAUGAGCAAUGGAAGGUUGAAGAGCCCAUGGCACAGGGUUGUGACCCAAAUAGAUGCCGAGCGAUUCUCGAUUGCUUUGUUCUACAAUCCACCCUCCCGGACUGAGAUUGAGCCUGCAAGGAUCAAUGCAACCAUGGAGCGUGAAGUUUACAAGAAGGUGGCGCUUAGGGAUUAUUUGCAGCACUUUUAUAAGAUCAGUCCCACAUCUGAGAAACAAGCAAUCGACUUUGCCAAGGUUCAGUGACUUCGAUAACUGGGCGAAAGUUUAAUCGAAGUGGUUUCUACAUUGCAAAACUAACCGGAUUUGGUCUGGUUUCGGUUAUGUACUUUUCAUAGACGGAUUAAAAAUAUAUAUAAAUUAA